AUGUCGGAUAUUCGCAACUGGUCGAAAGAAUUUUUGACCGAGUUUAUAAGUAUAUACAGAGAGCAACCAUGUCUGUGGAAGAUUAAAGACAAGAAGGUUUAUACUAAUAGAAAUUUGAAAAAUAUGGCCUAUGAAAAAUUGGCCAACUUUGCACAAACUGUGUAUUCUGAUGCAAACAAGACAUGGGUUGUACAAAGAGUCCAAAGUCUACGUGGUUCAUUUAGGAAAGAAUUUAAUAAAUGGAAUGAAACAAGAAAUAAAACUGGUUCAUCCACUGACAGUGUGCACGUACCAUCACUAUGGUAUUAUAAUCAACUUUUGUUUACAAAAGAACAAGAGACUCCUGAGGAGAGCAUUUCCAACCUAAGUGACGAUGAAAAUAAUGAUGCUAUGAUGUCUACAAAUAUACAUGAUUCAACUCUUCCAGAGGAAGUCAACAAACAGCUAAACAGUGAGAUGCCUCUACAGGUAUGUAAUGUACCUAUUAAAAAAAAAAAUUAUUAA